AUGACGACGACGACAGACUCGAAAACUUCACCACCAAGUCCAUCCCCUCAUCUCAUGUCUGAACGUCGACGUCCUUCAUUUCAUAUCGACACUUCCUCAGACGAAGAAGAAGAACCAGAAGUUGGUUCUCCUGGGUCAGACUCUUUGAUUCUUAAUAAUCAUAAUGAUAAUAAUCAUCAUAAUAAUCUAUCAUCACCUACAAAUAACAAACCUUCAACAAUAAACCAUGCAUUAAAUUCAAAUCCAUCUCCUAUCAUAUCUGCAUCUUCUUCUUCAUCUUCUCCUCCAUAUUCACAUAAACCUCCACCGAUCUCACUUGUCUCCCGCAGAAGAUCAUCGGAGUUAAAAACUGUGUCAACUUCUCCAACUGCAACUUAUAUGCAACAGCAACGUGUUCCUUCUGCUCAUAAUCCACACCUCCAACAACAACAACAACAACAACUACAACAACACCCUCAUCUCGCAGGGUUUGGCUCUUAUACACAGCUCUCGGCCUUGUUACAACAACAUCAACCAACACCCAUGAGUUCAGAGCUGGUCCAACGGUUUACCUCUCAGUCCCUCCAUUCCUUCUCCUUUGCCUUUAUUUCCCAAAAUGCAAUCUCUUCUCGAUUAGACAUUUUAAAACGUUCCCUCGAGUUUCUCCGUGAUAACCCGGCCCUCACAAGUAUGAGCAACUUCCCCUCAACAUCCUCAACUACAGCCCUCGAGGACUUUUUCAAGUCUCCAAUCCCCUCCCGUACCCAGUUACGCUCCUCUGCCUCUUCUGCCGCUCUCUCCAUGCUGGCAAACUAUCCAGCCAUGGGUGCCGCUGGUCUUGCAUCAAGUGCUAAUCUCCUAGCCUCUGCUUCUUCUGCUUCUUCCGCGGGUUCUUUAAAUACCCCUUCUACAGCAGCUCCCAUGGCUCGAGGCGCCACCACAGCUAACGCAACAUCCUCAGCUCAUGCCUUUUUAGGAGAACCCUCAAACACUCUCUUUGACAACAACCUCAAGUCCAUCCUGACCCUCUUGGAAAACGCCCACGUAUUCCCUGCUUCUGGUCCCUCACCCUCUAUCGAGAACUCAUCUUCAAACUCUAAACUUUAUUCAGUUCUCGCGGCUACUAAAAACAAUAGCAACAACAAUAACAAUAACAAUAACAGCCAACAACAACAACAACAACAACAACAACAACAACCAACUCCAUUCAAGCCAAUCACAAAUGAUGAAUCUAUCGUGGCUGAUACCACCGCCCCAGCUCUACCCCAGCUACCAAAUCAUACCCCUAAACAUUUAUCACCAUCACCUAGCAAAAAGAAGCAAAGUAGCCUCUUGGAGCCCCUCAAGUUUCGUAAAAGAACUAAAACAAACAUUGCCACCUUUCACCUCCAAGCACAGCUCCUCGAUGCCCUCGCUACCCCUUACUAUGACCCAUACUGGACUAACCUCAUCCAGCGUACCGGCACAGUCUCUUCCAUGCCAACAAUAUCAACCUCGGCAUCCACAGUAGAUCUCAAGUCGGCAGGUUUGAGAAACCCUUCAAUGUUCUCUUCUGCGUCCUCUAUCCUUCACCCCAUCUCCUCCCGCUUCUCUUCAAACCAAGCCGUCUUCACCACCUCCUCCGAAGAACCCUACCGCAUCCUUGCAUCAAAUGACAUUAGUUGUCUGGUCUUUGGCAUGUCCAAGCUCGAAAUCCGAAGACAAACCAUUUCAGAUAUCGUAGGUACAAACUUUCGCGAAGGUGUCAUUGAACGUGCCCGCAACUGCCCUCCCAACACAACCUUUUUCUGCGGUGAACUUGUCCCUAUUGUAAAAUGCACUGGCCAGUCUGGCCUCGCAAGCUUUUUUGCCAAAAAACACAAUUCUGGAAUCAUUGCCUGGGUCAUUGAGGAAAUCGCUCACGACCGUGCUAAUCUUACAGUCAACCUAACAAAUGGAUCCUUAUCUGUCUCGGGGCCUCAGAAACAUGUUCUUUUCCCCUCUGACAAUGAUGAAAACUUAAACAUCCGUGACACCUUUUCUGGUAUCCCCGAGGAUCUUCGCGUCAUGGCAAACAACCUGCGUAACAAUAAGAGACACGUGGAAAAUCACGUUACCGUCUCGGGUAACACCAUUGUCCCUACAAUGUUGCAAAUUGCUGAUGAUGAUAAGCCCGACCAAGAUGAUGGUAACAUUCUCUCGCUCCAACUUGUCUCCAUCCCUCAUAUGGCCGGUAUCAUCUUGCUUGACCCAGAGCACAUGACCAUUGCCGGAUACAAUGCUUCCGUUGUCGAACAGCUCUUUGGCUACCCGGAAACCGACACAAAACACUGCGUCGGAUGGUCCAUUGAUGAGCUUAUCCCUAACUUUACCGCCUAUGUAGAGCGUAUUGAGCGCACCUGUGACCUCAACCUGCGUGGUCGUAUGCACCAGGGCUUGGUAGUACCUGAGCAUUUGUUUAGAAAGGCUGCUGUCGAGAUUCAAAUGGAGCAGCAGCCCAAAUCCCAGUCUGGUUCUGAAGUUGACUCGCCUCUUGGAAGUGAAACUGUUACAGCUAGAGCCUCUCCUGUUUCUACUGAAGAGUCCUCUGACCAGGAAUCUGGAGAUGAGCUGGCUGAGCUCCCCUCGCAUUUACCCAAUGGCCAUAUUGCUCCCGCUCUGGCCUCUAGCUCCAAUUUGCACCAGAGGUUUGCCUUGAGCGAUGGAGGAGGUUUCAUGCCUAAAAAACAGCUGGACACCAUUUCGGCCUUUAUGGACUCGAAAGGUAUUGAAGCGCUUCAUCGCGAUGGUAUCUCUCUUACGGUUGACGUGCAGAUGCGCAUCAUUGGUGACGGCAAUGCCGCUCUUUGGGUGACGUACUCACGCAACAUUACUGGUCAGCAAGAAUCAAACCAGAUUCCAUCCCAGUUUACGCUUUUCUCAAUGAAGAAUAAGGCUGCGGCUUCUAUUAAAAAGUCUUCUUCUUCACGAUCUAUCAAUGGCCGCCAUAGCAAUAGCUCCACACAAAGCGACCAAAGUAGUGGUAGCUCUAGCUUUAGUUCUCUCUCAGAACCAGCAGCUUCUAAUGAAUCUCUUGCUAAACUUGCCAAUGGCCAACCUUUGACACCAUCUCAGUCACACCAGGACGAAAAGCCUGUAACACCAGAGUCUAAGCCAGUUUCUCAAUCUUCAAACGACUCUACAGUGACUACCACUGCAACUACAGAAACAACUACCACCGCAGCUACCACUGUCACUACUAGUACGCCGCGUGCUCAAAUCAUUUCUCAGUCAAGCAGUGAUACUCCCAACUCAGCAUCAUCCGCAUACUCGAUCCAUAUCCCCGAGUUGGGUGCACGGAGACGUGAAAAAACGCUGGCAGACUUUAAGAUUCUCAAGCGGAUGGGAGAAGGUGCCUACGGAAAGGUUAUUUUAGCCGAGUACGCCUGUGAACCUCCUCUUCGAGUCAUUCUCAAAAGUGUCAUUAAGGAGCGUAUUUUGGUUGACACCUGGACCCGCGACCGCAAGCUAGGAACAAUUCCAUCGGAAAUCAAGGUCAUGGCUGUACUCACCAAAUGGCCGCACGAUAACAUUGUGCAAUUACUGGAUUUCUUUGAGGACGAAGAGUAUUUCCAUAUCGAAAUGGAGCCGCACGGAAAUCCUGGCACAGAUCUGUUUGACUUGAUUGAGAACCAACCCGAUAUGCCCGAAUCGCAGUGCCGCAAUUUGUUUAAGCAGGUUGUUUCUGCAGUGCGGCACUUGCACUCGCACGAUAUUGUGCACCGCGACAUUAAGGACGAAAACGUGAUUGUGGACGGCUCAGGGCUCGUCAAGUUGAUUGAUUUCGGAAGUAGCGCGUUUGUGCGCCAAGGCCCCUUUGACGUCUUUGUGGGUACUCUUGACUAUGCCGCGCCAGAGGUACUUGCCGGUAAACCUUAUGAGGGCAAGCCUCAAGAUGUCUGGGCGCUUGGCAUUUUACUCUACACUAUUAUCUACAAGGAAAACCCGUUUUACAAUGUCGAUGAGAUUAUGGACCAUGACUUGCGUGUGCCCUUUGUCAUGUCGGAACCUUGUAUCGAUCUCAUCCGUAUGAUUCUGACAAGACCUGUCCGCAAACGGCCCUCGGUCGAAGAUAUUUGGAACCACCCUUGGAUCCAAGCUUAA